AUGAGUAAAACGUCAGAAGUGUUCCAGGGACCCGAGGAGAGCCAGAGCCAGUUCUAUGAGAGGCUACGUGAGACAUUUCAUCUCUACACCCCUUUUGAUCCAAAGGUGCCCAUUAACCAGCAGAUGGUCAAUGUGGCUUUCAUAGCCACCGGACCCCCAGACGCGGAGGGGAAUCAGCCCCAUCACUAUUGGCUUUUCACCACUAGUGACCUCUACAGUUGGAAAGCUCAGAAUCCUAAGUUUUCCGAGAAACCGGCAGGGCUUAUUGAUUUAUUAGACUCUGUUCUUUUUACCCAUCAGCCAUGGGACGAUUGCCAGCAGCUUUUGCAGGUCCUGUUCAUGACUGAAGAAAAAGAAAGAAUCCUUAAUGAGGCCCGAAAACUAGUUCCGGGCACGGAUGGGAAUCCCACCACCAACCAGGCUCAGAUAGAUGCCUCCUUCCCCUUAACUCGGCCCCAGUGGGAUUUCAACAUGGCAGAAGAUAAGGAGAGGCUCCGGGUCUACCGCCAGACUCUAAUGGGGGGUCCCCGAAUGGCUGCUAGAAAGCCAACCAAUUUGGCCAAGGUAGGAAAUGUGCAACAGGGAAAAGAUGAAUCUCCAGCUGCCUUUUUAGAACGGAUCAUGGAGGCAUUCUGUACCUAUACCCCCAUGGAUCCAGAGGCUCCGGAAAGCAAGACAGCUGUUAUCAUGGUUGUAAACCAAUCAGCCAUAGACAUUAGGAGAAAAUUACAGAAAUUAGAUAGACGAGGAGAAAAAAGUCUGCAGGACUUACUGGUGGUAGCCGAAAAGGUAUAUAAUAACCAGGAGCCUCCUGAGAACAAGCAGGCUUGUGCCAUGGCGGCUGCCAGCAGUAAGCAGACUCGAGACCUGGCCAGAAUACUACUAGCUACCACUGCUGACUUCCCCGAGGAACGAGACCGCUGUCUCCGGCAGCUGGCAGACGAUGCAAGAAAAGAUCAGUGCACAUACUGCAAGGAGAUAGGGCAUUGGGCCUGAGAUUGUCCGAAAAGGGCCGGCAGGAAGGGAAGCAAGACUGAUCGAGUAAAAGUCCUAGGGCUAGAUGAACUAAGUGAUUAGGGGAGUCUGGGUUCAGACCCUCUCCCAGAACCCAGGGUAACUCUUAAAGUGGAGGGGACCCCUGUUGACUUCCUUGUCGACACUGGAGCACAACAUUCGGUCCUCCGCACCCCACAAGGAAAACUAGCCAGCAAGAAGUCCUGGGUACAAGGGGCAACUGGUAUGAGCCAGUAUUCAUGGACUACCUGAAGAACAGUAGAUUUGGAUAUGGGCCGGGUAUCCCAUUCCUUUAUGGUAAUACCAGAAUGCCCCUACCCGCUGUUAGGACAGGACUUACUGACCAAGAUUGGAGCUCAGAUAACUUUCAGACAAGGGGGGCCUCAGGUCACCGAUGGCAAGGGCCACCCCAUCCAGGUCCUGACCAUGAAACUGGAGGAUGAAUACCUCCUCCACCAGGAGGCGCUCCCGAGAGAGGAUAAUAUAGACAGAUGGCUACAAGAAUUCCCCUCGGUUUGGGCAGAGACGGGGGGGAUAGGACUAGCUGCUCACAGGACCCCGGUCCUGGUAGAGCUCAAGCCAGGAGAGAGUCCAGUAAGGAUCAAACAAUACCCCAUGUCUCAGGAGGCCCGGAAGGGGAUCCAGCCACACAUCCGGAGACUACGAAGCCUAGGGGUACUAGUUCCUUGCCAGUCUCCCUGGAACACCCCCCUACUGUCAGUCAAAAACCCUCACACAAAUGACUACCGACCAGUACAAGACCUCCGGGAACCCCUCCCCGAUGCCGAGGCUACUUGGUUCACUGAUGGCAGCAGCUUUGUGCGAGACGGACACAGGUAUGCGGGUGCAGCAGUGGUCACCGAAAUGGACACCGUAUGGGCGGAGGCUCUACCCUCCGGAAUGUCAGCCCAGCGAGCAGAGCUCGUAGCCCUCACCAACGAGGAGUUACAGCGGAUCAAGAAACUCCCCAUGGCCCAGGAGAUAAAGGGAUGGUGGUAUACACCUAACAAGGAGCUCGUGCUGCCAGACCGAUUUGGAGUCUCAAUAUUAGAGCACAUGCAUCGGUCUACUCACAUGGGGGCCGGAAAAUUAAAAGACUUAAUCCGACAUGCCAGAAUCAAGAUUCACCAACAGGACACCAAAAUAGAGCAAGUUGUAUCUGCCUGCAAGACCUUCCAGAAGCUGGGCACCAAUAACUAUCUGCUGGCCCAAGACCUUCACCCAGUAAACCAGGCUGCUGUCACCCUGCACCCAGUUGUCCCAAACCCAUACACUCUCCUGGGUCUUAUCCCCGCUGAAGCUGUCUUCUUCACGUGCCUAGAACUCAAGGAUGCUUUCUUCGGCAUCCGUCUGUCCGACCAGAGUCAACCAAUCUUCACCUUCCAGUGGGAGAAUCCUGAAAAUGGUGACAAGGGCCAGUUGACUUGGACCAGAUUUCCUCAGAGGUUCAAGAACUCCCCAACUAUUUUCAGCACUUCAUUAGCUUCAGACCUAAAAGCCUUCCCAGUGGAUUAA